CACACGUGGGUUAGAAUAUUUCCUGUGGCGCGGAAUCGAGCGCAGUUUACCUCAGGACUUCAACGGAUCGAUUUGAGCAAGAUUUAGUUUUAUUAUCGAAACAAAUAUUAGUAAGCGUGUAUGUGGGACAGAUAUUACAGUUUAAAGUCGCAGGAUGGCGCAGAAACAGCCGUUAGAGCUUCGCUUCGUCGCUGAUGAAGAUGUUUUGGAUCAUAUUGUAGAGAAACAGCAAGAUAUAAAAGCAGCGGAUGGAUCCGUGCAGACGCUGGUGACCGUAAAAGCACAGCAGAAAUCCAAAAGACCUGAGGAUGAUGAUGAUGAAGAUGACGAAGAGGUGUUGAAUGAGCAGAGCUAUGUGGAUGCUCUGUGCACCGGAUCACAAGAUACGAGUGAAAAUGGCACCGUCACUGCGGGAUCAUCUGUCUUCUCGUUUCAGACCAUCAAGCGGGGCAAUAAAAUGGCUCAGAUGGCGUCUGAAUGGUCUCGAACGCCUGGGAAGAGCGUGACCUUCUGCACAUCAGACACAAACGAGGAGUCGUCCAGCCCGACACGCACCGCUCAAAAAUCAGCCAAUCAGAGCAAAACCCCUCAGAAGGGAAAGAAGGUGCAGUUCAUCUCCACGACACCACACCGACUGCGCAAGAGACUGUCAGCUCCGAACCUGCGUUCAGACAGCGAGAGCGAUUUCUCCCCCUCGAACUCUGAGGAUGAUGAUGAUGCUGAAGAACACGAGGGGAAGAGGGUCGACCAGCCCAAAACACCCAGUAAAAACACGUCCGCUGCUGCGCUCUAUAAGACGCCCAGUAAGAAGGGCAAGAAAGCAGCAGAGUCUGAUCUGGUGGAGGAGUAUUUUGAAGCUCACAGCAGCUCUAAGGUUCUCACGUCCGAUCGGACCCUCCAGAAACUCCAGAUGCCCAAACUGGACCAGGAAACUCUGCUCAGCCUCUUGGGUAAAAACCAGCCACGCUUCGCAGAGGAAAUUAAACAGCUCAAUGCAAAACACGAGAAGAACUUCAACCAGUGGAUGCUGCAGCUGCACAUGGGCUUUAACAUCUUGAUCUACGGUUUGGGCUCCAAGAAGCUCUUGCUGGAGAAGUUCCGCACAUCCAUGCUUUGUGACUACGAUCAUGUGGUGGUCAAUGGCUUCUUCCCCAGUAUGACCCUCAAGUCGAUCCUCAAUUCCCUCACCUGUGACGUGUUCGGACACGAGGGAACUUUCCGUAAUCCUGCAGACCAGAUCGACUUCAUCAUCAGAACUCUCAGAGAGGACCCGAGCAAUCACGUCUUCCUGGUCAUCCAUAACAUCGACGGGCCCAUGCUGAGGGGCGACAGGAACCAGCAGGCACUGGGGCAGCUGGCGGCGCUUCCCAACAUGCACCUGCUGGCCUCCAUCGACCACAUCAACGCUACACUCAUCUGGGAUCAAGCGAAGAUGAGCAUGUUCAACUGGCUGUGGUACGAAACCACCACAUACCUUCCGUACACUGAAGAGACGUCAUACGAGAACUCACUGCUGGUGCAGCAGACCGGAGCACUGGCCCUCAGCUCACUCACACACGUGCUGCGCAGCCUCACGCCCAACGCCAGGGGAAUCUUCAGAUUACUUGCAGAGUUUCAGCUGGAGAACAAGGACAAUCCUGCAUAUACGGGAUUGUCUUUCCAGGAUUUCUAUCAGCGCUGUCGCGAGUCGUUCCUGGUGAACAGUGACAUCACGCUGCGCACACAGCUCACCGAGUUCAGAGACCAUAAACUCAUCCGCAACAAGAAGGGCGCUGAUGGAGUGGAAUAUCUGCUGAUUCCGGUGGAUAACGGCACUCUGACAGACUUCCUGGAGAAAAACGAUGUGGAGUGAAACCAGGAAAACCUCACUGCUGUCCACGGCUCAGUAAAUGUGUUUAGCUGAAUAGCACUUAAUCUUUCUGAUAAAUAACUUGCCAACAUUGUAUCAUAAAGGAUUUGAUACAGGAGGAAACGUGGCAGGUUUGACUGAAGACAGAGACAGCUUGUGUGGUUGCAGGGUUAAAGGUCUCUUAAA